AUGCGCUGCAAGGCGGUGCCGUUCGUGGAGCUGACGGUGGCGCACGCGUCGGUGCUGACCAUCCUGGCCAUCAGCUUCGAGCGCUACUACGCCAUCUGCGAGCCGCUGCGGGCCGGCUACGUGUGCACCAAGGCGCGCGCGCUGCUCAUCUGCCUGCUAGCCUGGGCCCUCGCCGCCCUCCUCACCAGCCCCAUGCUGGCCAUUUCGCAGUUCGCGUACCACCAGUACGCGGACGGUUCGCUGGUGCCCACGUGCCUCAGCGAGGCGGCCGCCCUCUGGCAGAAGCUGUUCUUCACGGUGUCCAGUGCCACCUUCUUCGCGGUGCCGGUGGCGGUGCUGCUGGCGCUCUACGGCAAGAUCGCGCGCCACCUCAUGGCCGCCCCGGGCGCGGCAGCGGCGCCGCCGGAGGCGGGCGGCAACGCGCGCGCCCGCCGCCAGGUGGUGCUGAUGCUGGCCACGGUGGUGCUCUCCUUCUUCCUGUGCCUGCUGCCGUUCCGCGCCUUCACCCUCUGGAUCGUGUUCGCCAGCAGCGCGUCGGUGCGCGCGCUGGGCAUCGAGGCCUACUACAGCCUGCUCUACUUCUGCCGCACCAUGUUCUACCUCAACUCGGCGGUGAACCCCAUCCUGUACAGCCUCAUGUCGUCCAAGUUCCGCGCCGGCUUCGCGCGCCUCUUCGGCUACCGCGAGCGCGUUCCUGUCACACUUCGCAGGGGCACGACUGACGAUAUCUUUGCCGUUUACUCGCCGUCCAGGAGAACCAAUUUUAAUGGCCAAGGGAAAUGCUGCGCCCACACCGGCUCCUGGGACGGUCGUGUCCGCAGCCCGGUGACGGCGCUGUCGUCGUACGAGCUGGCGGAGUACACAGACGGCAGCGUGGUCGCCAUCUGCCUGACGGAGGCGGCCACCUUCUGGGCGGCCGCCUUCUUCGUGGCGGCCAUCUCGCUUUUCUUCCUGCUGCCGCUCGUCGUGCUGGUGGCGCUGUACAGCGUCAUCGCGCGCCACCUCAUGGAGGCGCCCGACAUCGUCCAUCACCACCAGCACAACCACUACCGUUACCGGAAGCAGGUGGUGCUGAUGCUGGGCACGGUCGUGGUGUCGUUCUUCGUGUGCCUGCUGCCGUUCCGUGCGCUCACGCUGUGGAUCAUCGUGGCGCCGCCGGAGGCGCUCAUGUCGCUCGGCAUGGAGGGCUACUAUAACCUGCUAUACUUCUGCCGAACCAUGCACUACCUCAACUCGGCGGUGAACCCCAUCCUGUACAACCUCAUGUCGUCCAAGUUCCGCAACGGCUUCGCGCGUCUGUGUUGCGGUCGGCGGCGCUCCAGGCGCGCUGGCGGCUCCGAACCGCUGGGCCGCAAGGCGGCGUGGCCCGCGUUCCUGGGUCGUGACUCGCGGCUCGAGGGGCGCAGAGCACGGCCGCGAUCUGGCGGCCUGCCGGCACCCCGCUGCUCCCGCGGGGUCGACGCGUGGGCCGAAGGCCGCGGGUCAUUCCGGGAGAGAGACUCAGCAGCUGCGACGCCCACUGGAAGCUCCCUCAAGGUCUAG